AUGCCUUCUGCAGCUCUGCUUCGGACAUUUUCGCUCGUUAUUUGUGCGCGUCUGGUGAUUUCCGCUUCCAAACCUUUGAGCGACACUCCGGUGGUGCACACGGACCAUGGCCCCAUCCUGGGCAGAAAAUUGGCUCUCCCCGCAAGACACGUGGACGCAUUCUACGGCAUUCCGUUCGCAGAGCCCCCAGUCGGGAAACUUCGUUUUCAAAAACCGGUGCCGGCGAAACCUUGGAAAGGAAUCUACAAUGCCACCGAGAAACCCAAGCCUUGUUGGCAGUACGACGUGCCUUACUCUACGAUCACCCUCAACUACCUCAAUGCCUCCAUAUCAUCUGAAGACUGCCUUUUCUUGAACGUUUGGAGGCCAUCGUCCGUGUGUUCACAGUCUGGUGAAUGUGACACGAAGCUUCCCGUGGUCGUUUAUAUUUAUGGCGGCGGGUUCCAAAUCGGUGACUCGUCUCUUUUUUUAUCUGACCCAGCCAAUUUCGUUUCGCUCUCGGACGUUAUUUACGUAACCAUGAACCACCGCAUGGGUGUCCUCGGAUUUUUGGCAUCGGGAAGAAAAGAACUGCCUGGCAAUCUUGGUCUAUGGGAUCAAAAUCUCGCUUUGAAGUGGGUUCGAGAUAACAUUGGGCAAUUCGGCGGAAAUCCCAAUCAUAUCACGCUCAGCGGAUUCAGCUCUGGAGCCGUCUCUGCUGGUCUUCAUGCCAUCUCGCCUCAUAGUCAGAAGCUAUUUUCUCGUCUCAUUCUUGAAAGUGCGACACCGUUGUCGUUAGCUGUAGGUCUCACAGCCGCUGGCGCAGGGAAAUUUUUGAGUGUCGCUGGGGCCCUAGAUUGUUUCACCGGUGAAAAAGACUGGUUUAAUGAUUUUGCUGAAAUCGUCACCUGUCUAAAGAAAACCGACGCGGAGACAAUUUACCGAACACUCAAGAAAGGGGAUCCAAUCAACCAGUUCUUUACUCCGGUUUAUGGUGACGAAUUUCUGCCAGACGAUAUUAGAUCAAAAGAGAUAUGGAAAUCCCUUAGCACUAAGGAAAUUCUUUCGGGAUCGACUUCCAACGAAGGAUCGUACUUCUUAGAUUUCCUCAAAUCCCAGGUACCACAACUCACGAAGGUUUUGAGUAUUGACUAUCGAAUCGCAGGAACUGUCGCCAUUUCAACCUUGUUAGAUGCCCCUUUCGCCAGGGCGAAACAAAUCGUGCACGCUUAUUUUGGAGACGACUCGGUUGAGCACGACGAAACAUCGCUCAACAGUAUCCUAGAGAAGAUCUUUGGCGACCAUUUGCCAAAGUCCUUCGGACCUACCCACAAUGACGACAUGGCGUUCACGCUUGGAUCCUUGCCGUUUAUAAACGACACCAGCAGGUUCACCGCUCCCCUUGGAGAAGGCGUCAGAAAGAUAUUGAAGGGUAUCCGUUACACACAAGACGAGUUGGCUUUCAUGAAGGAACUGAUUGGAAUUUGGACCUCAUUCAUUGAGACUGGGAAGCCAUCAAUCCCAUCAUCCACGACUGAAUGGCCAAGGUACAGCGCCAGCAAUCCCGAGUGCAUAUACCUCCGGCCACAUAAUUACACCAGAGCUUUGACCCCACGGCGUGAUAUCUGCGAGCUCUGGAGACCACUUCUACUGAGAGAAACAAGUCAGCAGAAUGAGGAAUAAUCAGAAUUGAAGACGACAUCGAACAGCAGGAAAG